GACGACUUCUCAAUCCAUGUCAAGCGACUUCAUCUCAGGCCAACCUUUUAAUUCAACCUCAGAACACGUACAACCCAAAAGCAUGCAUUCUCCCCUUUGUGUUAGCUUUCCAUCCCUGCCAUGCUGGUUCUUGCUGCAUCACCGAUACCAAGCUUUCCUUGCUUCACAUGAGAAGGAAUCCAGUGACCAGAAAAAGUGAAGCCAGAGUGAACUACAAGAAUGACAGCAUCUGCAACAGCUAAGAUCAAGCAUGUCGACGGUGUACGCCGUCGAUGUUAUUCUCUUGCUUUUGCAGCUAUUAUAUUACCAACCCUCCAUCCCUUGCUUGGAAACACCACACAUCACCUCUUCUUCUUCUUCUUCUUCGAUCUCAUCGCUGGUCUCGAAAGGAAAAAAUGGCGAGAAUGAGAGGGAUUCUUAUCUGCAUCCUGAUAGUGAUCAUGGACAUUGUUGCUGGUAUUCUUGGGAUAGAAGCUCAGGUUGCCCAAAACAAGGGCAAGCAUUUGAGGGUGUUGAUCUUCGAGUGCAAAGAGCCCGUCCAUGAAGCCUACAGGUUGGGACUGGCUGCAGCCAUACUACUGUUGCUGGCUCAAGCAGUCACAAACCUGUUCGGUGGGUGCGUUUGCAUCUGCACCACCGAGGAAUUUAGUCGAUCAUCGGCAAACAAGCAAAUGGCUGCAGCUACACUUGUGCUCUCAUGGAUAAUUCUGGCGGUGGGAUUCAUCAUGUUGCUCACCGGCGCGUUGGGCAAUGCCAAGUCGAAAACCUCCUGCGGGCUUCCUCACCGUCACUUGUUGUCCAUCGGUGGGAUCCUGUGCUUCAUCCACGCAGUGUUCAGCGUCGCCUACUACGCCGCCGCGACCGCCACAUCAGCGGAAGCGGAAGGGAGGACGACGACCAGGGAUGUCGGCGCUGCCCCAACGACGCGAAGGCCCCAACAAAUGCAAGCCUGAUAAGCUUUCUUCGGAAUCGAUGUUGAUGUACGGUUCGAUGCGUGCUUCACUCUCGUGCUUUGGAGACCGACGGUUUCUACCCAUUCAAAGUUGCAAUUUGGCACUUAAUAUUCUUCUUCUUCCUCUUCUUCUGGUUGCGUCGUCCAUAUAUGCAUUCGAUCGCGUUUCCAAUGAGCUUAAUAAGUCAUUGGCAAACUCUCCGUGACAGAUACUUAAAGCUUGUUGAUUAGUAUGACAAAAGAAGGACUAGCGAUCUUCCUACAUUAUCCAGUGGAACGGAAUGUGAUUUCGUAGGAUAAGACAGAGGAAACGCGACGAGCGAAAGAAGACACAAAAAUCCACGACGGACACAGCAAGCUUUAGAAAUCGAGUCCGCCAAGUCGAACUCGAACUCUUCAGCAGUUUCGCUUUCUAUCCACGACGCGCGCACUGCGAGUCCGGAAAGCGAAACGGAGAAGACGACCACGAGCAAGAAGCCGUGCGUUCCAAAUGACGUCGCGCGCACUGCGAGUCCGGAAAGCGAAACGAUAAAGACGACAUGGAGGAAGAAGCCAUGCGUAGUACUAAAUCACAUGGGCGCGCGCGUAAGGGCUCAGCGUCGCUUCAGCGUGCCGCCUCCGCUCGCGGCGCGGCAGGUGUGACCUUGGAGUGUUGUAUUGGUUUACGUGGCGAGACGUGGUUCCUGUUCUUCCACGUUGUUUCUGCCCGCUGCUCGUUGUGACGUGGCUCCACUGCUUCCGUGUUGCUUCCGCCCA